CCUGUGGAGGCAACAGAUGAUGCCUUCUGGGACCAGUUCUGGGCAGACACAGCCACGUCAGUGCAGGAUGUCUUUGCCCUUGUACCAGCUGCAGAGAUCCGAGCAGUGAGAGAAGAAUCACCUUCAAACUUGGCAACUUUGUGUUAUAAGGCUGUGGAGAAGCUGGUGCAGGGAGCAGAGAGCGGCUGGCACACCGAGAAGGAGAGGCAGAUCAUCCUGAACUGCUGCCGGCUCCUUACCCGCAUCCUGCCUUACAUCUUCGAGGACCCAGACUGGAGAGGUUUCUUCUGGUCAACUGUCCCUGGGGCUGGCCGAGGAGGGCAAGGAGAUGAAGAUGAUGAAAAUGCCCGGCCUCUGGCUGAGUCGCUGCUCCUCGCUGUCACAGACCUGCUCUUCUGCCCUGAUUUCACUGUGCAGAGCCACCGGAGGAGCACAGUGGACACAGCAGAAGAUAUCCACUCCAUUGACAGCUGUGAGUACAUCUGGGAGGCAGGAGUGGGCUUUGCUCAUUCUCCACAGCCUAACUACAUCCAUGACUUGAAUAGGACAGAGCUACUUAAGCUGCUGCUGACCUGUUUCUCUGAGGCCAUGUACCUGCCUCCCUCCUCGGACAGCAGCAACACCAACCCCUGGGUGCAGUUCUUCUGCUCUACAGAGAACAGGCACGCGCUCCCCCUCUUCACCUCACUCCUGAAUGUCGUCUGUGCCUAUGAUCCGGUGGGAUAUGGGAUUCCCUACAACCACCUACUUUUCUCGGACUACCGCGAGCCCCUGGUGGAGGAGGCAGCCCAGGUGCUGAUUGUCACUUUGGACUAUGACAGCUCCACCAGUUCAAGUCCCACCGUGGAUGGCACAACCACUGGCACGGCCAUGGAUGAUGUGGAUCCUCCUGGACCAGACAAUCUGUUUGUGAAUUACCUCUCAAGGAUACACCGAGAGGAGGAUUUCCAGUUCAUCCUCAAAGGAGUGGCCCGCUUGUUAUCAAACCCGCUGGUCCAGACCUACCUGCCAAACUCUGCCAAGAAGAUCCAAUUCCAUCAGGAACUCCUCGUCCUCUUCUGGAAACUCUGUGACUUCAACAAGAAAUUCCUCUUCUUUGUGCUGAAGAGCAGUGAUGUUUUGGACAUCCUUGUCCCAAUCUUGUAUUUUCUCAAUGAUGCCAGAGCAGACCAGUCACGAGUGGGCUUGAUGCACAUUGGGGUCUUUAUCCUCCUGCUUCUCAGUGGGGAGCGUAACUUUGGGGUUCGGCUGAACAAGCCCUAUUCUGUCCGAGUGCCUAUGGACAUCCCUGUCUUCACAGGAACACAUGCAGAUCUGCUCAUCAUAGUCUUUCACAAGAUCAUCACCAGCGGGCACCAGCGGCUGCAGCCUCUCUUCGACUGCCUGCUCACCAUCGUGGUGAACGUGUCUCCGUACCUGAAGUCUCUCUCCAUGGUGGCUGCUAACAAGUUACUGCAUCUGCUGGAGGCUUUUUCCACCACCUGGUUCCUGUUCUCUGCUGUCCAGAACCACCACCUUGUUUUCUUCUUGCUGGAAGUCUUCAACAAUAUCAUUCAGUACCAGUUUGAUGGAAACUCCAAUCUGGUCUAUGCUGUGAUCCGGAAGCGGAACGUGUUUCACCAGUUGGCCAACCUGCCCACGGACUCACAGGCCAUCCAGAAGGGGCUGCAGCGCAGGAAGAGAACCCCAGAGCCUAUUUCUCGCACCAACUCCCAGGAAGGGGUCUCCAUGGAAGGCUCCCGUCCUGCUGCCCCUGCAGAGCCAGGGACACUGAAGACAAGUUUGGUGGCUACUCCAGGAAUUGACAAACUGACAGAGAAGUCGCAGGUCUCAGAGGAUGGGACCAUGCGGUCACUGGAGCCUGAGUCUUUACAAUCAUCACCAGGGGGUAACCCCCCCUCAGCUGAGGCAUCACACCCCCGGCGGGAUCGAAGGCGUCUCUCCAGUGCAUCCUCCAGUGGGCAGUGGACCCCAACUCCUGACUGGGUGAUGUCUUGGAAGUCAAAGCUUCCCCUGCAGACAAUCAUGCGGCUCCUGCAGGUGCUGGUCCCUCAGGUGGAGAAGAUCUGCAUUGACAAGGGUCUCACUGAUGAAUCCGAGAUCCUCAAGUUCCUGCAGCAUGGCACACUGGUGGGGCUGCUGCCCGUGCCUCACCCCAUCCUCAUACGCAAGUACCAGGCGAACUCGGGCACUGCCAUGUGGUUCCGGACCUACAUGUGGGGAGUUAUUUAUUUGAGGAAUGUGGAUCCCCCUAUCUGGUAUGACACAGAUGUGAAGCUGUUCGAAAUUCAACGGGUCUAAGAGAGCACUUACCUCUAUGAAGAGAAAUACACUGGAUUUAAGGACUGCUGUGUGCUGCUUCAUCACAGCUAUUCCUGCAUUUCACAUCCAGCUGAGAGACCAAAAGGACAAUCACUUCAUUUACCUCCCUGUCAUUUAAAGCUUUAACUGGGACCUGCUUGGACAUCCCUCCCCCCAGCUCACUUCUUUUCCCUCACCCUUCACCAGGAACCUUGAGUGAAAGAUGUCUAAGGGGUUGUACAUCGUUGUGGUUGCACUAGAAAUCAGGUUGUACUUAGCUCUUCUGUUACUCUUUUGCUCCAGGAAGUGGUUUGGAAACCAAUCUGACCCUCUCCUUACCUUGGUCAGAGUCAGCAUGUAAUUGAAUAAGACUAGCUGUAAAUUGGGUGCAAGGGAGAAGCUGCUAUUCCUGCAGGAGAUGGGGGUUUGGAAACUGCAGUUGCUUCCAUGUGGCUCCAUAGUUUCCAGGGCAUCCCUUCUGUCUGCAGGUGUCUCCCUGCUCUCAGUUGCAUAUUGGUAGGGAAGUUAUCCCACCCCAAUGAAAGGAGGAGUUGCUGAAGGAAAACUUUGUAUCUCAGUUCUGAAUCUCUCUACUCCUUUCCUGGAAAGCUGCUUAAGUUUUGUAGGAGCUGGUGCUUUGGUGUGGCAGGAGAAGUUUUGCCUUGGAUUCCAGGCCCAGCAGCCUGUCCUUCAUGAUGGGCUGUUGCAAUGGA